AUGCCAGCGCCGCCCAAGUUCGUCCACCAGCCAGUCAGCAGACUCGGCAUCGCCUCAGCGUUGCUGAAAGCCAUCGCCGCCGCAACGGGCCGGGCCUUCUCGUCGCCGCUCAAGGGUGAGAAUGGCGCCAACACGUACUUCAAAGACGUGGCCAUGGCUGCCUUUCGCGCACACCUCGGCAACCUUACGCUCGCCCAGGACCGCUACGUAACCAGCCACAACGCUUCGUCGACCUACCUCCACUACUGCACCUCGCACAAGCUCACCCCAGACUCCAUCACCCUCCCCAGCGGCACUCAGGCGCACUGGCUCGGCAGCAAGCAUGCGCCCAACGUCCUGCUCUACUUCCACGGCGGAGGCUACGUGCUGCCGUCCACCAGCGGACACCUUCUGUGGCUGGACGACCUGCAGAAGAGUCUGGGGCCUGGCGUGUCCGCCCUGUUGCUCGCAUACGACCUCGCCCCCGAAGCCACCUACCCCACCCAGCUCCGUCAAGCUGUCGAGCUCCUCCGCCACCUCACCGAGACCGAGGGCCGCAGCCCAGCCAACUUGAUCCUCGCCGGCGACUCCGCAGGCGGCAAUCUCGCGCUAGGCCUGCUGUCGCACCUCGCACACCCUCACCCCGACAUCGCGGAGCUGAGGUUGAGCGCCAAGAUCCACGCCGCCAUGUUGAUCUCGCCGUGGACCAGCCUGACGCAGCACUUGACUGCAGCGCACGAGAAGAACGCAGAGAGAGACAUGUUCGACGCCCGCACGCUGGCAAGGUGGAGCGCCGCCUUCCUUGGGUCCAACUCGCCCUUUGCCGGCGAUCCUUACAGCGAACCCGUGCUCGCCAGCCCACAGUGGUGGGAGCCCGUCGCCGACGUCGUGGGCGAGGUGCUCAUAUGGGGCGGGCGGAACGAGAUCCUGAUUGACGGGAUCGAGGCGUUUGCACACAAGUUCAGCCUAGGGUUCAGGAGGAGAGGAGGACACGUGAACCUGGUCGUCACAAAGGGGGCAGCGCACGAGGAGAUGAUCAUCGAGCGAGUCUUGGGCUACAAAGGCGACUCGGGAACAGGGAGCCAAGGCGUCGUCGAGCACUGGGUCAAGGCGAAGCUAUAA